AUGACGGCUGGACUGCCAAGCACAGAAAUGGCGAUAUCGUCGCCCGUUUCCUUAAUCUUGGGGUUGCAGAUGCAAGCAUGCGGUGAUGACUAUGACCCUAACAGUUUGCAGCACGGCCUCCAGCAGCCUGCUGCAGCUGAGGACGCAGUAUGCGACCUCAUCCUGGACAUGGACGCCGCCGCCGCCGCCGUAAGCGCCGCCUUGACGGGCAUCCCGGGCGGACCACCCGUCCAAACUCGCAAGAACGGCCCCGGCGACGCUGCCGGAACCCUCGGUGUACGCCACUGCGGUGCCGUACACCCGCCACCGCCGCCGCCGCCGCCACCACCUCGUCGCAGCUUUUCCCAUCACACGACAACCACCAUCGCCACGGCUGCAGGCGCGCUCUUCGGUGUACACCCUAAGGCAGGAGCGCUGUAUCCAUUCUCGUUCCUUCAACAGCACCAGGCGCCGCCGCCGCCGCCGCCGCCGCGGCAGUACCUGCGCACCUUGUCCCAAUCCUCGCAGCCGUACCACCUGUCGCCCGCGUCUUUGCCCACCCCGGCAUCUGGUCGCGUCACGACGCGUAUCGCUAAUGUAGUCGGCGUCGGUGCGACCGGUUGCCAUAUGGGCGCGUUAGCGCCACCCAGUGCCCAGGGCCAGAUAGCGGCAGGUGUCAAUGCUACAGCAGUAGCAGUCGGCGCCAGCUCAGUACUAGGCGAGUCUCCAGAGGCGGCUCAGUACCCGUCCCUCAGUACUGCAGAGCUGCCGCCGCGCUGGCGCUUCAGCAUUAGCGGGCCCACCGCAGAUCUGGGGCGGGACUUCACGGCGCCACAGCGACCCAUGGUUCGUUGGCAUGCCAGCAGCAGCGGUCUGGCUACUGAUCUGCCGCCGUACCAGUACGACUGCCAGCCGUACGGUUUCCAGCAACCAGUGGUCUCGCCGUCGUACCUCCAAGGCCCUUCAGUGCCGUCUCCGCAGCAGCACCCGUUUCAAGGCCAGGCCCAGCCCAUGCUGAUCCCCGGCACGUCCCAAGCACAGCUCCAACACCUGCAGCCCCAGCCGAUAAGGCAGGCUCGUUCGGGACCGCUGAUUGCAGCGCAGCAGCAACAACAACGCCACCAUCAUCUUCAACAACAACAACAGCAGCAGCAGCAACUGGAUCGUGCAACAGCCAACCGCCUGAUCGCCCUGUCCCAGCUACAGCAACAGCUGGGCGUACAGUCCGCCACUGCGCGGCAGCCCACCACCGCCGCCGCCGCUGCCGCGGCCGUCGGCUCAACCCUGACGCCAUUGUCUCAAUCGCUCCAGGUCAACAUGCUAGCGCACCCUCACUGCUCCCUGCUGCCUCAGGCAGCGGUGCAAACCAGCACUCCACUGCAUUCGCCUUUCGUGGGUGGUGUCUUGGGGCUCACCGAGCUCGGUUUCGACGUAUGCACCGGAGUUGACCCGGGCACGAGGAACGCAGCGGGCGGCGUGGGCUCCCGAGUUCAAGCCGCGGCCGGUGGACGGCUCCAAGCCAUUAUGCAGGAUGACCCUAUCGCGCUCGUACGACUGUACGAGAGAUCCCUCACCGCCGCAAUGGCGGAUGCCCAAUGCGGCCGCGGACCGGUCAGCAUGCAGCAGCUGCAUCACGAGCACGAGCUGCUGCAGGGGGUUGCCGGUCUGCUGGCGGCCAACACAUCCGCCGCAGCCAUGGCAGCGCAGACGGCGGCCUCAGGCAGCGGCGAAGCCGAGGGUUGCCCGGACAUAGACAUCGACAUGGAGCUAGCGAUGUUGUUGGUUUCGGCGCGCCGCCACACCGCCGAGUGGCCUAGUCUGUCAGAGCCUUACAAGUACGGCAUAAUGAUCACCGCCAGGGCCUUAUCCCUGGGCCUAUUGGAUGCGGCAGGCAAGGGCCAAGCGCUUAAUGAACGGUUGUACGGCGCCGUACAACCGCUUCUCUACACACUGGCGGAAAAGGACGAGUCUUUCCUGGGUAUGUUGCGCGCUGCCAUGCCGCCCCCGUCGGCGGCGGAGGGGACAGCAACGACGGGAUCCACGUCGGCGGCGACGGCAGCUGAGGGGGAUGCCACGUCAGCAGACGACAGCGUCGCCUCUGCACCCGCGGCGGCUUCACCGAAGCUGGCUCGUUGGUUAUUGGAGACCCUCUGCACGAUCGGGGGGUCCGCGGUGGGCGCGGCGGCGGGUAGCGACCCCGUCACCGCCCCUGCCGCCGCUCCCGCACGCGACUGGUCGUGGCGAGCGCGGGUACCUGGUGGCCCUUGCGAGAGCGAUUGCGACACCGUCCUAGGAUCCAGCUCCGGCGGCGCCGCCGGCGCCACAAGGCCUAGCUCUCAGGGCGAAGUCGAGCACAGUGAGGAUGACCCUGGAAUGACGGGCUUGGCCGCCGGCGGCUGCGCUGCGGUGGCUGCGACCCGAGCCGUGCCCCUGCAGCCUGAGGCGGCUGGCCAAGACCGCGCAGCUGGCGGCGGUGGCGGCGGCGCCAACAGCGAUCCGCAAAGAUUCCUGGGCCGUUCUUCCUCUGCGCCGGCAAAUCGUGAGGCGAGGGGUCGCCUGCUGAGCAGCCUCUUUUCCUCCUUCAACAAUAGCACGGCACGCGCCAACGCUGCGGCCGGCAGCGGCGGCUUUGGCGGCCCUAGCGGCGCCCUCGACGCCGGCUCGCUGGCGCAGUUAUUGGACGAUGAUCCGGACCUGCUUGGCGCCGCCGCCGCCGCGGCAGCGCUGGGCGGCUGGCAUGCGGGCGGCGGUUCCGACAGCGGAGGCGGCGCGCUGGACUCCACUGCUUCAUCUUCCGUACUGGCCUCCUUCCUGGAGUCAUUCGGCGCUGCCAGUCGCAGCAGCAUGGCGCUAUCGCCGCUGCUAGAUGGGUGCAGCAGCGGCAGCCUGGACAUGUCAAGCCUUAGCCUCAGCAUCCACCCCUCGCCCCGUACAUCCCCAGCGAACCCCUUAGCUAUGAGAAGGGAGCUGGCGGCGGCGGUGGCGGCGGGUGCAGAGAUCAAUUCCGCUGGUGCCGCCGCGGCUGCGGUUGCGCAGCCGUCGUCGUCGGCGGCGGGGCCGCCGGCACCCAACUCUUCUGCUCAGUCGCUGCUGGCGGCGCCCCGACAGGGCCCCCCUGGUGCCGCUGGCUUGGUGCAAGUGCAGCUGUCGCCGCACUCCGCGGAGUUCGGGUCCGCGGUGGCGGCCGCCGCGGCGGCGAUGGCGGCCGCGGCGGCUACCGGACCCGCGAUUGGGGGACUGGCUGGAUCACCGUACGACCACCACGCUGCGGGGGCUCUCCUGGGCGCGCUGGAGGCUCGGGGCGACCUGGACGGCCUGUCCUGGGACCCUGAGGCGAUUCAGACAGCCCUGCGCAUCCUGCAAGCCACCGCCCAACUCGACGGCUAG